AUGUGUGUUCGGUGUGGACUUCAGCAGAUCUAAACAGAUGUGAAUAAUAACUAAUUAUAGACACUUCAGAAAUGGCAGAUGUUGGAGAUGUAGAAGUGAUUAUUCAAGAUGAGGACAAAUCCGUUCCUCACUGUCCACAUGGACCUACAGUGUUGUUUCAGAUCAUGUGUAGAGGUGACAAGAGUGGAAAGAGAUUUUAUGCAUGCUCUGCAUGUCGAGAUAGAAAAGACUGCAAGUUCUUUCAGUGGGAAAAUGAAAAGGUAUCAGAGGAAAGCCUGCAUGCAAGAGAGGAGCAAAACCGAUUAAAAAGACCCGCCUUUACUCAUGCAGAAUACUGUGCAAGGUUCAGGGAGUUUGCAUGUUUGCCACUGGAUCAGAGAAGGUUCUGUGUAGAUUGUCAGACCCUGCUCCUUCAUGCAGAGUGGAAUAUCCACGUCUCACACCAGCUGUAUUCUGGUGAUAUCACAGUUUCUCAGCUGAAACGGCCCAGUCUGUUGCUUCGCCCCCUAGAGAACAAGAAGAGUAAUGCCCAGUACCUGUUCGCUGAUCGCAGCUGCCAUUUCUUGCUGAAUGUUCUCUCUGGAUUAGGCUUCCAGAAGGUUCUGUGUGUAGGGACACCCAGAUUACAUGAACUGAUUAAGAUAUGGAGCUCAGAGGGAAAGAUUCAUUCUAUGAAGAGUUUAUUACUGGAUAUUGAUUUCAGAUAUUCCCAGUUUUAUGAACAGGAUGAAUUCUGUCACUAUAACAUGUUUAAUCAUCACUUCUUCAACGGAGAGGAUGCAGCCAAAGUUUUCAGGGACUUUCUAAGUGGGAGUAAAGUAGUGAUGGUGGCAGACCCACCCUUUGGAGGUUUGGUGAAGCUUCUAGGACACACGUUCUCUAAGAUAUCAGAGACAUGGAGAGCACUACAGGAAACUAAGUGCAGUAUGUCAGAGAUGCCUAUGGUCUGGAUAUUUCCUUACUUUUUUGAGCCAAGAAUCCUGGAAUGUUUUCCUUCCUUCACCAUGCUGGAUUACCAAGUAGAUUACGAUAAUCACCCCCUGUACAAACAGGGCAAGAUUGGUCGCAAACAGUCCCCAGUUCGGCUGUUCACAAAUCUUUGUCCUAAAGAUAUUGUUCUGCCGAGCGAGGAAGGCUACAGAUUUUGCAGCAUUUGUGAGAGAUACGUCUCAGCAGAGAAUAGGCACUGCACGAAGUGUGAUGCGUGCACAUCAAAGAAUGGAAGACAGUGGAAGCAUUGUACAGAAUGUGAAAAGUGUGUAAAGCCCUCAUGGCACCAUUGUUCUUCAUGUGGACGCUGUGCUCUCCAAGAUCAUCAGUGUGGUCAAACAGGCUGCUACAACUGUGGCCAGCCAGGGCACAAACACAAAGCCUGUCCCAACAAACACAAGAAAAACUUUCAGAAGCCGAGUGCUAAAGCAGUGCAAAACCUAUCCAAACACACAGCCAAAAAAGUUAAACGAGGAAAGAAAAAGAACAAGGUUACAUGACUUCUCACCAGCACACAGUAAUGCAGAAGACAUUGUUAUGUAAAUAAAGAAGAUUAUAUGCAUCCAAUUAUCCAUUAUAUGCAAGGUCCUUUCCUGUUCCAGCAUGACUGUGUCCUGUUCCAUGCAGUCUGUUAAGCCUUGAGGGAAAGCUUGGAUUAAACAAACUUCAGAGUCCUGACCUCAACCUCACUGAUUAGCUUUGAAAUAAACUGGAACAUCAAUUGAGGAUUUGAUUUGAAGUCUUGUGAGAAGCUUUUUCAGAAGAGUGGCUGCUGUUAUAGCUGGAAAUAUGACAUAGAGGUCACACUAUUUUAAUCUGUUUUUUGAAAUGGGAUGUCCAACAAGCUCAGGUGUCCAAACACUUGGCCAUAUAGUGUGUGUAUGUACGUGUAUGUAUUUGUUUUCUGCAUUAUUAAAAAAUACAGUUUAAAAA